UGAUCGUCCCGCAACGGAGCUUAGAUCACCCGUCAAUACGAGGUGCACAUCAGACGGACGGGGUGGGCGCAAAGGGGGAGGGGGUUUCGUCAUGAUUUGGUUUGGCGUAUCGCACAUAGGAAAAACAUGUUCGCGAUUGGCAUCAUUCGGCGGAAUGGAAGGACCUGCGCCAAGUAAACGAGCACGCUUUCCUUGUAGGGCAGGUUGGAAUGCAAAAAGAAGAGAAACAGAGUCGAGGGAGAGAGCGAGAGCAAAGGAGCAUGGGCAUGGGAUGGGAUAUGGGGGCCAACCAUUCACGGGGCAUGGGUGUUGGCCAUCGGUGUUCUUCUUUUCACUCGUUCGUCGUUCGUUGGAGGUGCAUGCAUAUUGGGGUCCCGGUUAUGGGAAAAGGGUUGCAAGUUUUUUUUCCUUGCUUUGAUUGGAUGGAUUUCCAGCCCUUUCUAAACGUUCUGUCUUGCAUCGCUUGGUCGACUGUUUCUUUUGCGUUGUUGCUGUUCCUUUCACUGUUCUUGCAUCGUUACUGUUUUAUUGCAUUUUGUCACUUGUACUUUUGCCGUUCGCUUUGCAUCAUUUUUCUUGCUUUUUGGUUCGAUACCGUUUAGAUAUGCUUGUCCUUUUUCACAUCGUAUGUACUUGAUCUCACUUGCAUCUGCUGUAUAUUGUUCGCAUCCGAACCGACGGAGCAUUGAGAAGACACAUUUUGGUAGCGAUCUUCUGAAUGAAUUCCAUUCAC